ACCAAAGGGACAAGUGACCAUUUUUUGAGAGAUAACUCAAGUCGCAUUCGUGCGCAUAUAUUUCCCAAUGGCGGCGAACAAGCAGGGUAAAAUGCAAAAUCUGAUCAACUAUCGCAUGCGCGUUACGUUAAAUGAUGGCCGACAAAUGACAGGCCAGAUGCUGGCAUUCGACAAGCAUAUGAACCUGGUCCUCGCCGAUACAGAAGAAUUCCGUCGCGUCAAACGGAAAGCCACCAAACAAGCCCCCGGCGCUGCACCCGCGCCUCUCGUCGAAGCAGAGGAAAAGCGAACCCUCGGUCUCACAAUCGUUCGAGGCACAAAUGUUGUCUCGUGCUCGGUAGAUGGUCCUCCUCCUGCAGAUCCCUCAGCUCGUCUGGGUACCAGUGUACCGAACGUUCCUUCAGGAGCUGCUACACUCUCAGCUGGUCCUGGUAUUAGUAGACCUGCUGGACGAGGUCUCCCUGUUGGACUUGGAGGUCCGGCUGCUGGUGUUGGUGGUCCUGCUCCUGCUGGAUUUGGGGGUUUUCCUCCUGCGCCGGGAUUUCCUGGUGCUCCCCCACCAGGAUUUGGUGGACGUGGUGGUCCUGGAGGUCCUCCUGGCUUUGCUUCUCCUGGAUUCCCUCAAGGCGCUCCUGGUGGUCCUCCUGGCUUCCAACCACCUCCCGGUUUCCAACCCCCCGGUCAAGGUCGCGGUUACCCACCUCCAGGAUUCGGUGGCCGAUGA